UUUACCCGCACGAAGAAAGUUUAUUACCUGGGUUUAUUAUGGUAAAAGUACAACACGGCCAUUACCUUUCACAUUAAUAGUUGAACUAUGAUCAACAGUUGGGGAAAUUACUAUAAUAUCUGACGGAAUAUGUAACCUGAGUUACCUUGCAUUUAACCUCGAAAUUUCAAGUAGCAAUUGCUCGUCACUGUCGAAGCUUCUUUUCCAACUUUCGUGGACGUAUUCAACAACACUUUAUUUUCAAGAUGCCUCCAACGAUUGCCCAAAAUCGUCUCAAUUCUAAUGGUAUAUCCAAAGACAUAUUUCAAUAUCUUAAUGAUACUCUAAGCCAGAGGAUUAUGAUCCUUGAUGGUCCAAUGGGAACAAUGAUCCAGCAACACAGUUUAGAUGAAGAUGCUUUUCGAGGUAGCGAGUUUAAACAACAUCCCAAACCUUUGCGUGGAAACAAUGACUUACUCAGCAUCACGCAACCAGACCUAAUCUAUGACAUUCACAAGCAAUUUCUUGAGGCCGGAGCGGACUUUGUCGAAACAAAUACAUUCAGUGGAACGUCUAUAGCUCAAGCAGAUUAUGGAUUGGAACAUGUUGUCUAUCGCUUGAAUAAAGAGUCUGCUCAGUUGGCUAAGAAGGCGGCCGUGGAAGUCGAAGCCAAAGAUGGUAUUCCUCGUUUGGUUGCUGGUGCUAUUGGACCAACAAAUAAAACGUUGUCCUCUCCUUCGGUUGAAAAUCCAGGUUAUCGAAAUAUCACGUUUGAUGAACUUGUGGAAGCGUACACGGAACAAACACGAGGUCUCCUCGACGGUGGUUCGGACCUUCUAUUGGUCGAGACCAUAUUUGAUACUGCGAAUGCAAAAGCUGCUCUUUUUGCUAUCAGUAAUGUUUUUGAAACUUAUGAAAAAGUUCCAGUUUUCAUUUCGGGGACAAUUGUGGAUAAAAGUGGACGUACAUUAUCUGGACAAACUGCUGAAGCUUUUAUUACAAGUGUAUCUCACGUUAAACCAAUGUGUAUUGGACUAAACUGUGCAUUGGGUGCAGUUGAAAUGCGACCUUUUAUUGAGCUGUUUGCCAAGGAAACUGACAGUUAUGUUUUGUGUUACCCAAACGCCGGACUUCCAAACACAUUCGGUGGCUAUGAUGAAUUGCCAGACACGACAGCAAGUUAUUUAAAGCACUUUGUUAUGGAUGGUUUGGUAAAUAUUGUUGGCGGAUGUUGUGGAACUACUCCUGAACACAUCAGGGCCAUCAAAGAAGCUGUGACCCCUUUCGUGCCAAGGUCUAUCCCGAAAGAUCUUUAUAAGGAUACUCUUCUUUUAUCUGGUCUUGAGAGGACGCUCGUGGCAAAUUUUUCGAUAUUUUUAAACAUCGGUGAACGAUGUAAUGUGGCUGGUUCUCGACGGUUUGCGAGGCUGAUCCGAGAGGGGAAAUACGAGGAAGCUUUGAACAUUGCCAAACUUCAAGUUGAGAACGGUGCUCAAGUACUAGACAUCAAUAUGGAUGAAGGACUUUUAGAUGGUGUCUCGGCGAUGACAAAAUUUGUCAAUCUCAUUGCCUCCGAACCUGAAAUAGCUAAGGUUCCCCUUUGUAUCGAUUCAUCAAAUUUUGCCGUCGUUGAAGCUGGUCUGAAGUGUGCGCAGGGAAAGUGCAUCGUGAACAGUAUAAGUUUGAAAAAUGGCAAGAAAGAUUUCAUCGAAAAAUCCACUUUAAUAAAGAAAUAUGGUGCUGCUGUUGUUAUCAUGGCUUUUGACGAAACUGGUCAGGCCGCUGACGUCGAUCGAAAAAUUGAAAUAUGCACUCGUGCUUAUAAUAUCUUGGUGAAUGAAGUCCAUUUCAAUCCCAAUGAUAUCAUCUUCGAUCCUAACAUACUUACUGUUGCCACUGGUAUAGAGGAACAUAACAAUUAUGGAAAGUAUUUCAUAGAGGCAACACGAUAUAUUAAGACACACCUUCCACACGCUCGUGUCAGCGGUGGAUUGUCGAAUUUCUCGUUUUCAUUUCGUGGUAUGGAUGUUAUUCGAGAAGCCAUGCACAGUGUUUUUCUUUAUCAUGCAAUCAAGGCUGGUCUUGAUAUGGCGAUAGUAAAUGCUGGCAACUUGCCUGUCUAUGAUGAUAUUGAGAAAAAACUUCUUGAGCUUUGCGAAGCUGUAUUGUGGAAUAGUGACCCGAAUGCAACAGAAAAAUUGUUACAACAUGCUCAGUCAUUAGGUAAGGGUGCGAAAAAACAAGAAGUGAGCGAUGAAUGGCGAAGUGGAACUCCAGAAGAUAAACUUGAGUAUGCCUUAAUUAAGGGUAUUGACAAGUAUGUCGUAGAUGACGUUGAAGUAUGUCGACAAAAUUUCGAGCUCUAUCCACAUCCUUUGAAAAUAAUUGAAGGUCCCUUAAUGAAGGGCAUGUCCGUCGUGGGAGAUUUGUUUGGUGCCGGAAAAAUGUUUUUACCUCAAGUUAUCAAAUCAGCUCGUGUGAUGAAAAAGGCCGUUGGCUACUUAAUACCUUUUAUUGAAAAGGAAAAAGAAGCCAAAGAAAUGGAGAUGAGAGCUGAGGGAACCUGGGACGAUAAUAAACGAUUCAAUGGAACGAUUGUUCUGGCCACUGUGAAAGGUGACGUUCAUGACAUCGGGAAAAAUAUUGUUGGAGUUGUUUUACGAUGCAAUAAUUACAGAGUUAUCGAUCUUGGAGUAAUGACGCCAUGUGAGAAAAUUUUACAAACUGCCAUAGAGGAAAGAGCAGAUAUCAUUGGACUUUCGGGACUCAUCACACCUUCCCUUGAAGAAAUGAUUCACGUUGCCAAGGAAAUGGAAAGACAAGGUUUUAAAAUCCCUUUGCUGAUUGGUGGAGCUACCACGUCAAGGACACACACUGCUGUAAGAAUUUCUCCAAGAUAUUCGGAGCCUACGAUUCAUGUUCUGGACGCAUCGAAAAGCGUCGUAGUUUGUGGUAUGCUGUUGAACGAGGAAGAUAAAGAGGAAUAUUGUAUGGAUAUUAGUGAAGAUUAUGAUAUAUUGCGAGCUGAUCACUACGACAGCAUCAAGGAUCGUAAAUACUUAACUUUGUCCGAGGCACGAAAGAAAAAGCUCAAAAUUGAUUGGACUUCGUUUAAGCCAGUUCGUCCUAAUUUUCUUGGUACGAAGGUAUUUGAUGACUACGACAUCGAGAGAAUUCUUCCUUAUAUUGACUGGAAACCAUUCUUUGAUGUCUGGCAGUUGCGUGGAAAAUAUCCCAAUCGUGGAUACCCAAAGAUUUUCAAAGACAAAACUGUCGGUGUCGAAGCCAAACGUGUUUUCGAUGAAGCCCAAGCAUUGUUGAGAAAUAUUCUGGACAAGAAAGAAUUUCGCGCGGUGGCUCAGUUAGCGUUUUAUCCUGCCAAUAGUGUCGAAGAUGAUAUUCAAUUGUAUCAUCCAGAUGGCGGCGAUAGCGAAAUUUUGGCAGUGUUUCAUGGGCUUCGGCAACAAGCUGAGAAAGAGCCUGGAGUAGAAGACCCGUACGCCUGCCUGUCUGAUUUUGUCGCGCCAAAAGAGAGUGGGCUUACGGAUUACAUUGGUUGUUUUGCUUGCUCGUGUUUUGGUGCCGAAAAAUUAGUUGAAAGAUAUGAAGCAGAAGGCGACGACUACAACGCCAUAAUGGUUAAAGCUCUUGCUGAUCGACUGGCUGAGGCCAUGGCUGAAGAACUUCAUGAAAGAGUUCGAAAAGAAUUUUGGGGGUACAGCAACGAGGAACAACUUAAUGCGAAAGACCUGCAUUCUAUAAAAUACCAGGGUAUACGCCCUGCCCCGGGUUAUCCUAGUCAACCUGAUCACACUGAAAAAUUGACAAUGUGGAAUUUAACGGAUUGUGAAGGACAAACUGGGAUCAAACUGACUGAAUCCCUGGCAAUGAAUCCCGCUGCGUCUGUGUGUGCAAUCUACUUUGCGCAUCCUAAAUCAUUUUAUUUCUCCGUGGGAAAGGUGACAGAAGAACAGGUUAAAGACUACGCCAACCGAAAGAAUUAUGCCGUUGAAGAGAUAGAAAAGUGGCUAUCUCCAAUUUUAUCGUAUGAAAGAGGAGAGGAUGACGUUAUGGCUUGAUUUUUGCGGUAUUUGAUUUUUAAUGAAUGUUUGUUUACCUAAAAUUAUACAUAUAUACAUAAAGAUUUGUGCAGGUCAGGUGACAUGUUAGUUAUGCACUUGACCAUUUUAUUCACUUGAAACUACUUAAACCUUCCCGUCUUCAUGGGAAAUAUGAAUCGGAAACACUUUAUAAAGAUAACAGCAAUAAACAGGACAUACAGAUAUCAAGAAAA